UUUCCUGUCUCAGGCACGAAGCAAGAUGGCGGGCCAGAUCUCAAAGAAGAGGAAGUUUGUGUCGGAUGGCAUCUUCAAAGCGGAGCUGAACGAGUUCUUGACCCGGGAGCUGGCCGAGGACGGCUACUCUGGGGUGGAGGUCCGAGUGACGCCCACCAGGACCGAGAUCAUCAUCCUGGCCACCAGGACCCAGAAUGUCCUUGGCGAGAAAGGACGGCGCAUCCGUGAACUGACCGCGGUGGUCCAGAAGAGGUUUGGCUUCCCGGAAGGCAGUGUCGAGCUGUAUGCUGAGAAGGUGGCCACCAGGGGCCUGUGUGCUAUCGCCCAGGCUGAGUCUCUGCGCUACAAGUUGCUGGGUGGUCUAGCUGUGCGUAGGGCUUGCUAUGGUGUUCUCCGCUUUAUCAUGGAGAGCGGGGCCAAAGGCUGUGAAGUGGUGGUUUCUGGGAAACUCAGGGGCCAGAGAGCCAAGUCCAUGAAAUUUGUUGACGGCCUGAUGAUCCACAGUGGAGACCCCGUCAACUACUAUGUUGACACGGCUGUCCGACAUGUCCUGCUCAGACAAGGUGUGCUGGGAAUCAAGGUGAAGAUCAUGCUGCCGUGGGACCCCAGUGGCAAGAUUGGACCCAAGAAGCCCCUCCCUGACCACGUGAGCAUUGUAGAGCCUAAGGAUGAGGUUCUCCCCACUACCCCUGUGUCUGAGCAGAAGGGAGCCAAGCCUGAGGUCCCAGUGAUGCCCCAGGGGGCCCCCGUGCCAACCGCGUAAGGGUAUGUGCUGUCAGUUCAAGAUGGAAACCCUGGAUUUUCUGUACAAUAAACAUUGUAAAACCCAAA